CUUUAUGCAGCUGGGGUCCAGAAACCAAGUUUACUAGCCCGCUCCAUCCGCAGGUAACUUGUCCAGGGAAACCCCUCCAGGAGGUGAGGUGAAGUGCGUGCCUGUCAGUCUUCGCGGGGGCGGGGCAAAGCCGGGCCUCGCUCCACCUUGCCAACAUCUGUGUAGACCGGCUUUAGGACCUCAGGCAGCACCAAUGCGGCUUGGAGGCGGGCUAGGGGAGGCCGUCGCGCCUACAUGACGUAUGCAGCCUGCGCCAGGAGAGAGCAAUACGCUUAGAACCGAAGAGAAGCUCGUUUACUGUUCGUCUCAGCUUGCACACACCAUGGAGGAACCUGCCCACCAACCUACUCAGCCUGGCAGUGGGAAGCGCAAGGGCAAGGCUCAGUACGUGCCGGCCAAGCGAGCUCGGCGCUGCGACGCCGGCGGGCCCCGGCAGCUGGAGCCCGGGGUACAGGGCAUCCUUAUCACUUGCAACAUGAACGAGCGCAAGUGCGUGGAGGAGGCCUACAGCUUGCUCAACGAAUACGGCGACGACAUGUAUGGGCCAGAAAAGUUUACCGAUAAGGAUCAGCAGCCCUCUGGAAGUGAGGGAGAAGAUGAUGAUGUGGAGGCUGCCUUGAAGAAGGAAGUUGGUGACAUUAAGGCAUCUACAGAGAUGAGGCUAAGAAGAUUUCAGUCAGUGGAGAGUGGAGCCAAUAAUGUAGUCUUCAUCAGGACACUUGGAAUAGAACCUGAAAAAUUGGUGCAUCACAUUCUUCAGGAUAUGUACAAAACCAAGAAGAAGAAGACUCGGGUUAUUCUACGAAUGUUACCCAUCUCAGGCACGUGCAGGGCUUUCUUAGAAGACAUGAAAAAAUAUGCAGAAACAUUUUUGGAACCUUGGUUUAAAGCUCCAAACAAAGGGACAUUUCAGAUUGUAUAUAAGUCUCGAAAUAACAGUCAUAUGAACAGAGAAGAAGUUAUUAAAGAGUUGGCAGGAAUAGUGGGAAACCUCAAUUCAGAAAAUAAAGUGGAUCUUACCAAUCCACAGUACACGGUGGUAGUAGAAAUCAUCAAAACUGUCUGUUGCCUGAGUGUUGUGAAAGAUUACAUGUUGUUCAGAAAAUACAAUCUCCAGGAGGUGGUGAAGAGUGCUAAGGACCCAUCACAGCUUAACCCAAAACAGGGAAAUGGAAAAGAAAUUAAAUUAGAAUCUGGUGACAAAUUAAAUGAAAAAAACCCAGCAGAAGACAAAAAUAACCAGCAGGUGGUACCAGAGAUUAGUGAGGAGCCAGGGGAGAUAAAGCCAACAUCUGAGAUGCAGGUGGUGAAUGAAGCUGAAGCCAAACUUGAACUUGCAAGUCAAGUCACAGAAGAAUCAAAGUCAAGUGAAAAUGCCCACUCAUAGGUUAUUUGGUGUUGGAGAUAGGUUUCUCAAGUAGGGUUCUAUGAGCUAUUGCUAAGGUUCCAUGUAAAAUUGUAACUGAAAACAGUUUUUGAAUUUUGUGUGCCACAUAAUGCUGUUCUUACAGUAGUGAAUGGUGAUAAUGUAGCCCUGUUACCAGUUUUGUUAGAGAUCUUUCAACUGUAUCUAUAUGGCAGUGUGUACAGGCAGGCCCACGUGCUGUUGCACAGAGGGGAUGGUGGCAGGAGGAGGACAUUGGCUUCUCCUAACCUCCUCUUAUGCACUGCCAACUGACUUGUGGGAGUGAACAGGCUCUGUGAGGUAGAAAAUCAAAGGGAAAUUUACAUUCUAAGGAAGAAUUUUUAUGUAUUUCAAUUCAGCUGUCUCCUGCCACUUUGUUGUAAAUAUUGCAAAAUGUAGAUUGUACAGGUUAUGAGUGAAUUGUUUUGUGCUGUUUUCACAAUUACCUUGUUUGGUUUUGUUCUUUUUUAUACUUUGUUAACAUUUGUAUGUGAUGAAUCUGACAGUCCAGUGCUGCAGCUUUUGAAGGCAAGUUGUGAAAUAGAAGAGGACCAUUGUAGGAAUACAGCUACAGACAUUUCUGAUAAGGUUGGUGAUAAAGAAUUUUAGUCUUCUGAGUUCAGUAAUCUAGUGCAGCAAGGGACACAAAGAAAUUCUGUCUUCUGAAAGCUGCUUCUCUCAAAGGUUUUUUUUAUAGACUUAUAAUCCAAGCUAUCCUGUUCCAUUGUGCGUUGUCUGUGGCAUUCAACUUAGAAAUCUAGCAGAGUUGUAACUAUAAAUCUUAGCCACUUGACAAGUAAGAAUAUUGAUUAUUUUAAAUGGGUCUUGGAAUAUCAAAUAGUAAAGCUUUUGUUCAGAAAUGGUACUCAAUGAAAAGGUAUCAAAUUACAGUAGAACUUCCAUAGUUGACCACCUCCCUACAUCGACCACCUCUUUGAGUUGACCUAAUUUUCAUAGAUGAGUCAUGUACCACAUGUAUGUAUAACAGGCCUAGUUCCUUAUGUUGACCACCUCUGUAUUUUGACCAGUUUGUUAAAUCCCUUAGGUGGUCAACUUACAGAGGAUCUACUCUAUUUGGUAGAAAGAGUUAUUUUAGAAAAUAACUACAUGAUUGGUGAGAAUCUAAUAAUGUCAACAUACAAAUGCUGGGGCAAGAUGCAGCAUAGUAUAUUGAAAAGACUUGACUUUCAUUAAGUGAAAUUACUGAUAACAUAUCACAUGAUACUAUGUGUAAUUAACUGAAAAGAAGCAGCUGCUGUAUCCAGGUUGGUGAUCAAUAGCUUUCCUUAAUAUUUGUCAUGUAGUAGCAUUUGUAAGAUUUGUAAAUGAUGAUGAAAUACAAAAUCUUUUUCUGCUGCUAGGAGCCUCCCAAGAUAAAAGCCAAUAUAUAUUUAAUGUUGUGUCUUCAUAUCUGAAAACCAAAAGUCUGUCAUCUCUACUCCUGGUACCCCAUCAUUGGUUGGCCCCAUGACAAGUUUUGCCUCAUUAUAAAAAUCCUGAUGUUGAUGUUAGAGCACACUGAUUUCUUCACAGAGAUACUGGUAUCAAUAUUUGGAGAUGAGAUGAAGAAAGUUUUGAAUAGUGCUGUAAAAAUGGCUAAGUUUAUUAGAGAUCCAUUUAUGCAAAUUUUUUUUUUUUUUAAAGCCCCAAACUGUGAAAUGGGUAGAAAGCACAUAAAUCUUCUGCUUCAUUCAUAUAUCUAAUGGCUUUUCAGGAAGAGUUUGUGACAGGAUAUUUUGAGUUGAAAGUGAAUUGCCAAGGUACUUACAAGAAAAUAGUAGGCCAAGUUUUACUGAGUGCUUUGAAAAUGAAUAGUUACAGAAACUAGCCUAUUUAGCAGACAUAUUUUAUCACAUGAACAAAUGAAUGAGUUUCUGCAUGGUCCUGGAGAAAAACUUUUUAAAAAAGAAAAUGAUGAGAGUCUUAGAUUUAAAAGGGAAACACUCUGGAACAAUCUUCUUUUCAAAGGAACUCUUGAAAUGUUUAGAGCCUCUUGGGCUUACUAAUGAAAGAUUUAAGUUUCCGGUCUUACUAGAACCCACCUGGAAGGACUGUAAAACCAAAUUGAAUAGCAUUUUGUCUCUUUUUGCCAGCACUAGCAUAUGCCUAGAUGAGGAACACGUUCUUGAAAUCCACUUAGCCUGAGUUUUUUUUUCUCUGAAAGAAGAGAAAGAACUUGCCUAGUCUGACAGUUGGGGAUUUCUGUGAAAUAAGUGUCCUUCAACUUAGUACUCAUGCUCACAUACAAUGAGGGUUCCCUCUAGGGGGGCUCCUAAAUUUGAAAGUUUUUCCAAGGGCUUCUCCUGAGUAAAGUGAUUGAAAAGGGCUGGAAAGAGACAGACAGCAGCAGUCUGUGAAAUAAACUGCCUAGAUUGAGACUGUAAAAAUAGGGCUGUAGGGCGGCACGUGUGGCUCAGUGAGUAGGGCGUAGGCCCCAUAUAGCAAGGAUGGCAGGUUCAAACCUGGCCCCGGCCAAACUGCAACAAAAAAAAUAGCCGGGCAUUCUGGUGGGCGCUUGUAGUCCAAGCUACUGGGGAGGCUGAGGCAAGAGAAUCGCCUAAGCCCAGGAGUUGGAGGUUGCUGUGAGCUGUGAUGCCGUGGCACUCUACCGAGGGUGAUAAAGUGAGACUCUCUUUAAAAAAAAAUAAAAUAGAGCUGUAAAAAUAGGUUUUAGAGAUGGGUUUAUUCUUAAACAUUGGAAAAGUCAGGAACUAUUAUAAAUUUUAAGGCUUCCCACAAAAGUGGCUAUGUUUUAUUUAAUGGAUAGUGAACAUGGGAAUAUAUUUUUAUCCUAUCUAGUGGUUCUGGUUGGUAAACCAGAUGAGAAAGAUUUGAGAGGGACAGAGAAUAGGACCUGCCUUGUAUAUCUUCAGAUAUUUAGAAUGUUAACCCUUAAUAAGGCUGAAAUCAUCUCAAAAGGAUUGAUAAAGAGGAUUAGUAUUAUUUGGUGGAAUGAGGAGGAUAGAAUUUUGGUGCCUUUUUCAGCAGACUCCAAGACAAAGAUACUUUUAUUUUGAUAGUGCAAAACAGAAGGAUUCUGGGAAUAAAAUAGAAUAUACAACUCUGGAACUGGGUUCCUUUUACUUUGUAAAAGCUGCUACUCUAAGGAAAGAUUUAGAUUUUAUAGUUUGUUUUUAAUCAUCUUUCGUAUUUAUUUGUAUUUGGUAAGACCCAGGUGUGAUAUAAGCUAUUCCUUCCCAGCUAUAAAAUAAGUGUGUACUCUUGGGAUCUGAAUUCAUUUGUUUUUAGGUUUAUCACCUGUUUAUUUUCAGUGACAUUUAAGCAUGUUAUUUUAUAAAUGAUGAGAUUCCAGGGGAAACUGAGUGCUUUUUUUCUUUCUUUUUUUUUUUACAAAGUUAGUUGAGAAAAAAAAAAACUCCAGCGUUGUUUUUAAAUAAACUUUGAAUGUUAAAGAAUGUUAUAGAAGAAAGAAUGUUAAACUUUGUAUUUUAAAACAUGUUUCCCUAAGUUUAAACAUGAUUUUCAAAUGUUGCUCUUGUAUUGCUUUCGGUACGAAUAUUCAGCUUGUUUAUCAUAGUUUUUGAUAUUUUCAGAAAAAUCAAAAUAAAUUUGUUCCCUAAA